UACGGGGCGGUUGUAGAGUGCGGAGUGCGAAGAGCUAGCUGUUGAUGAGAAAGAAAACAAACUUUGAAUGCAAAUCAAAUAGUGCACACUAGUUUUAAAUGUGAUUCAAACAACAACAAAGGUGUUGUAACUGCUGAACUGUUUUGAAAGAGUUGCUUUAAGUGCACCACCACUGAUUUAAAGAUUCCAAAAUCUUUUAGUACAGAUUUACAAGUUUAUUUUGGAGCAAGUGUUUGCGAGAAGCGUGACAAGCAUAGAGACAAAGGGUGAACGAGAGAGCGCAUAUAAGGCGAGUAGGAGAGCGAGACAACAUCAUGGGUCAGAUCUAUGGAUCCAUGCAGAGCAAUAUGGCGGAGGUGUUUGGCAAUCGUCGGAAGCGCAGACGCAGCACGGACUCGCAGUCCUCUCAAGAGGAUCGAGAUCGGGAGCGACUCGACAGUAAAUCACCCAAAAAGAAAAAGUUGCUGACCACGACGCAAUAUAUUUAUCAGGCGUUGUUCAAGGAGCAGCGCAACUCGGAUGUGGCUGUGAUGGCGCUGGAGAAGGUGUGGCAUCUGCACAAGGUUUAUCUCAGCCAGAGCCCAUAUUUCUACACCAUGUUCAAUGGGACGUGGAAGGAGGCGAAACAGAAUUUUGUGCACAUUAAGAUACUGGACGAUCGGAUCAACGUGGAUAGCCUGGACGCAGUGUUCGGCUCCAUGUACUCGGACGAGAUUGAGAUCGAUGCCAAAGAUGUGAUACCAGUGCUAGCGACGGCCACGCUCUUCCAUCUCGACGGCAUCAUUGACAAAUGUGCCGAGGUGAUGGUGGACACCAUCAAUGCCGAGACUGCCAUACAGUACUAUGCGGCCGCCUGCCAAUAUGGAGUCAUGGCGGUCAAGAAGUCCACGUUCCAGUGGUUCCAAAUCAACCUGCUCAGCAUUUACAACAAGCAUCCGAAUCUGCUGCGACACAUCACCAUCGACUUGAUGAGUGCCCUCACUGCCAGCCAUGAUUUGUAUGUGAUGCAAACAGAAUUCUCACUGUACACACUGCUGCGCACAUGGAUGUUCCUGCAGCUGCAUCCCCACUACGAUCCCGAGGAUCCAGUGCAACGCGCCGAGGCACUAAAGACCCAGGAGCGCCUGGUGAGUGCCGGCGUGGAGACGCAAACGCCCAGCGGGGAUGUGGUGCAGUGGACGUACUUCACCAGCCGCAUGGAGGAGCGCUCGUUUCUGGCCACACCCGAGGGACAGCCGUAUGUGCGAGUGUUCCAGAAGCUGCGCACCCAGUACCUGACCAAUCACUAUAUGGAUCUGAAGAUCAUAUUCAAUGACAACAUCAUACCCAAGGAGUGGCUCUACAAGCACAUUCACAGCCACUGGGAUGCGCUGCUGCGCAUCGAUCACAGCCAGGAGGACGGCGGUCUGCAGCAGCUGGACAAUGAGCAGUUCUUUGAGAACUGCAUGCGCUGUGGCCGCAUGCUGUUGGAGCCCGGCUACCAGAAGUGGCGCUGGACGGGCUUCAACUAUGGCAUGGAUCUCAUACUCAUCAUGGACUCGCGUCGACUCAACAUACGGCGUCACCAUCGGCACGAGCACGAGCGAGUGCUCAGCCUGCAGACAAGACGCAAGUUCAUGAUACGCACAACGGUGACGUCCAUCAAUGCACAACGCCAGCCCGUGUUUACGCAAUCUUCGGAGAUAACGACAUUGAAUCUGGAGAAAAACGAGGAGGUCUCAUUGAUGGUGCUUGAUCCGAAGCUCGUGCAUCCUCUGCUCAUCUCCAUCAACAUGAUUGUCGUAAUGCCGCCCAAUCAAAGCUUCAAGGAGAUUGUGCCCCAGAGCGAGGACUCAACGCUAUCGGCUGCUGCCAUUCCCAUAUCGGAAAUUGGCGCCGUCUGCGAGCGUUCGUUGACGCCAACGAACAGUGCCGAUGACUCGGCUGUCUGUGUGGGCGGCGGCGAUUCGCCGGAGACGGCGUCAACGCCCUCAUCGCCGACGUCAGUGGCGGGACUGCGUCCACCUGUUGGACGCUACAGUUGGACUCGCAGCAAUCCAGUCAUAACGAGUGAUGGCGAGGCAUUGUGCCGCGACGUGGCGUGCUGAGCGCGUUCAAUUUAUACUCAAACUCGAAAACUGACCACAACCAUCCACCUUUUGUUUUGUUCAUGGACUCGUUCCGCAAUUAUCUAGUUGUACAUUCAAAUCUACAAACACCUACACCCUACACCCAAAACCUAUAACCAUAACUAUAACUAUAGCCAUAAUCUGAAUCGUGCGCUACCGAUUAUCGUGCUGUAUAAAUAUUGCUUAGGCAGACAUCAUCUACUACUAAUUGUACGUCACACAUAUAUAACUGUACAUUAUCCUCGUAAGUGUAUCGUAGAUAUUGCUGCGAUUUGCAGCCAAUCUAUAUUUCUAUAUAUAUUUUUGUAAUGAUU